AUAUACAAACACGGGCCAACUGGCCCAACUCACUUACACGAGGAUACCAUCUCUCUCUCUCUAGAAGGAAAAAAAAAACAAAUUCAGCAGUGGAGGGAAUAGUUGUCAAUGGCGAAUCUGAACGGAGCAGUGGCCGAUCCGAAGUCCACAUUUCUGGGAGUCUACUCUGUCCUCAAAUCGGAGCUCCUUAACGACCCUGCUUUCGAGUUCACCGACGAUUCUCGUCAAUGGGUCGAGCGAAUGCUGGACUACAACGUGCCUGGAGGGAAGCUAAAUAGGGGGCUUUCUGUUAUUGACAGCUACAAGUUACUAAAAGAAGGAAAGGAACUCACUGAAGAGGAAAUCUUUCUUACAAGUGCUCUUGGCUGGUGUAUUGAAUGGCUUCAAGCAUAUUUUCUAGUUCUUGAUGAUAUUAUGGAUGGUUCUCACACAAGACGAGGUCAACCUUGUUGGUACAAAGUUCCCAAGGUUGGUAUGAUUGCAAUAAAUGAUGGAGUUCUACUCCGUAACCACAUACCCAGGAUUCUCAAAAAGCACUUCAGAGAAAAGCCUUACUAUGUUGAUCUGCUGGAUUUGUUCAAUGAGGUUGAAUUCCAAACAGCCUCAGGACAGAUGAUCGAUUUGAUUACUACGCUUGAAGGAGAAAAAGAUCUGUCCAAAUACACGUUGCCACUUCAUCAUCGCAUUGUUCAGUACAAGACGGCCUAUUACUCAUUUUACCUUCCAGUUGCAUGUGCAUUGGUUAUGGCGGGUGAGAAUCUAGACAACCACAUUGACGUAAAGAAUGUUCUUGUUGAGAUGGGGACAUACUUUCAAAUACAGGAUGAUUAUCUGGAUUGUUUUGGUGAACCUGAAAAGAUUGGUAAGAUUGGAACAGAUAUUGAAGAUUUUAAGUGUUCUUGGUUGGUCGUGAAAGCAUUGGAACGUUGUACUGAAGGACAGAAGAAAUUGUUAUAUGAGCACUAUGGGAAAUCAAAUCCUGCUGAUGUUACGAAAGUAAAGGCCCUCUACAAUGAACUUGAUCUUCAGGGUGUAUUUGCGGAGUAUGAAAGCAAGAGUUACGAGAAACUGACAACCUCCAUUGAAGCUCAUCCAAGCAAAGCAGUGCAGGCAGUAUUGAAGUCCUUCUUGAGUAAGAUUUACAAAAGGCAGAAAUAGAUAAGCAGUUCCGACUUGAGAAUGAAGAACGAAGCAGAGAUGGUCGGAUGGAAUGAAGAAGUCCAGUACUCCCAUCCUGAUCUGUACUUGUAUCCCACUAUUGAAGGAAGAACAAUGUUGUAAUAUUCUUAAUCUAUCUAGUGUAUAUUAGCUCCCUGGAUUCCACAAAACAAUCUUACAUGAUUGGAUUCGGGUAUCCGGAAAGCUUCUAUAUGAAUAAUAAGAAUAUUUGCUGAAAUUCAUGCCA